AGAACAAUUGAUGAAAUUGAGCUUCAACGACAACAUUUUAAGCGUCUUAUCGUUGAGGUGGAAGAGAGAGGUCCUGAAGCAGUGAGACAGGCAAGAGAUGCACUAUUCUAUGGGCUUCGCCCGGCAGAGGACAAUGUGAGGGAACCAAAAAUGAAUGAGACGACGAGAGGUCGGCCUCAAACUAUCACCAGUCGCAUUCAUUCAUAUUGUGAGAGGUCUAAUCGAUCUCGUUCGAGGAGUGGGGGGCCCAGAUCGAGUGGAGGCAGGUCGAGUGGAGGUAGGUCAAGAUCGACUGGAGGCAGGUCCAGAUCGACUGGAGGCAGAUCCCGAUCGACUGGAGUUGAAUCUGACGAACACGAUACAUAUUACUCAUCCCAGAGCACCAAAGGUCAAAUAUUCUUACAUUUUCAUUGAGCAACUUUAUCCAGAGUUUGUUCGGCUUUUGUUGAUAGGCGACUUCAACCCUAGUUCAGACGACAACUGUGGUUUUAGGGCACUUUCUCAUUAUAUAAUGGGGGAUGAUAGUCACUAUCUUCUCAUGAGAGUAGAGCUUAUCUAAGAAAUCCAACGACAUCCUUGGAAGUACGAGAACUUGUAUAAUGGUGGUACAACAUAUGCACUGAACCGCAUCAACUGGCUCGAGCCCGGUCAUGCACCAAAUGGGAGAUGGAUGGAUUCUGAGGACCUGUAUGUGUUUGCAACCAUCUACAAUGUCGCAGUCCUUGUCUUCUCAUACGAGUUGUUCGAUGCCCGUAAUCCAAACAAUCCACUACCCAACCUCUGCCUUGAUGCCUACACUGUAUUGCAUAUUAAUGCGAAAGAAGGUACAUUACCACCAACCAUGUAUUUAUCACUGCACUACUUGAACAACCACUA